CAACGACGCAGGAACCAAUAUGCCGCUUUCCUUGCCGAAACGCGCACUAUUUCAUCCCAAAACACGACAUUAAUUUACUUAUUGACAGUAGUAGUAAUUUUAAGGAAGUUCAUAUAAAAAAAGCCCCAAAAUAAAGAAAGUGAUGAGCCGGCUACUGAAGCACGCGAUAACGAGUGUGUUUAUUCGAGUCCCCUUUAAGGACAGGGGCUCUGCGCAGAACGCAGCGGUGCAGCUCCGUCGGCUGCCAUCUUGGAGACCUGGGGCCACAGUCUGUGCACUUCAGCAAAAGAAAAAAAAAAAAAAAAAGUAAAUGAAAUGUACUGCGGGAAAACGCAUUAGUUUAGUGGACAAAGUCGACAGACGUCGCUCGGUCCCCCGCGCGCGUCUCCCGGCAGCCGCGAGGCCGCCGUUCCCGGCGUCAUGCCGUCGAACCCGUUGCCUGCGAAAGAGAGCAACCUCUUCAAGAGGAUCCUGAAAUGCUACGAGCAGAAGCAGUACAAGAACAGCCUGAAGUUCUGCAAGAUGAUCCUCUCCAACCCGAAGUUCUCAGAGCACGGAGAGACACUGGCCAUGAAAGGUCUCACCCUGAACUGCCUGGGGAAGAAGGAGGAGGCGUACGAGUACGUCCGAAAGGGGUUGCGUAACGAUCUGAAAAGCCACGUCUGCUGGCAUGUUUACGGUCUCCUCCAGAGGUCUGACAAGAAGUAUGACGAGGCCAUCAAGUGCUACCGGAAUGCUCUAAAGCUGGACAAAGAGAACCUACAGAUUCUGCGUGACUUGUCCUUGCUGCAGAUCCAGAUGAGGGAUUUGGAGGGAUACAGGGAAACCAGGUAUCAGCUUCUCCAGCUGCGCCCCACGCAGAGGGCGUCCUGGAUCGGCUACGCCAUCGCCUACCACCUGCUUAAGGAUUAUGACAUGGCGCUACGGCUGCUCGAGGAGUUCCGCAAGACCCAGCAGGUGCCUCCCAACAAAAUGGAUUAUGAGUACAGCGAGCUGCUGCUCUACCAGAACGAGGUGAUGAGGGAAGCGCAGUUGUUCCAGGAGUCCUUGGAGCACAUAGAGACGUACGAGAAGCAGAUCUGCGAUCAGCUCACAGUGGAGGAGAUCAAAGGUGAAAUGCUUCUCAAGUUGGGUAAGCUGGAGGAGGCCGCCGCCGUUUACAGAUUCCUCAUUGACCGCAACACAGAGAAGUGGUCGUACUAUGCAGCCCUGGAGAAAGCCUUGCAGCCCUGCACAAUGGAGAAGAGGUUGCAGAUCUACGAGGAGGUGGGGAGCAGGCAUCCGAAGGCCCUCUCUCUGAAGAGGCUGCCGCUCAACUUCCUCACAGGUGAAACAUUGAGGGACAAAUUGGACAGGUUCUUGAGGACAAACUUCAGCAAAGGCUGUCCGCCGUUGUUCACAACUUUAAAAUCUCUUUACAAAAAUCCAGAAAAGGUCUCGGUUAUGCAUGAACUCAUCUUGGGUUAUGAAGCAUCUUUGAGGACAUGCGGCUUGUUCACUCCCAAUGAUGGUGGUGAAAAGGAACCGCCCACCACCCUGCUCUGGGUCCAGUACUUCCUGGCCCAGCACUUUGACAAGCUGGACAAGAAGGACGUGGCUCUGGAGUACAUCGAUAGUGCCAUCGAGAGCACGCCCACCCUCAUAGAGCUCUACUAUGUCAAGGCCAAAAUCUACAAGCAUGCAGGAAACUUGCAGCAGGCGGCCCGCUGGAUGGAAGAGGCCCAGUCGCUGGACACGGCCGACCGCUUCAUCAACUCCAAAUGCGCCAAGUAUAUGCUGCGCGCUGGGAUGGUGAAGGAAGCUGAGGAGAUGUGCUCCAAAUUCACACGGGAGGGGACCUCGGCUAUGGAGAACCUCAACGAGAUGCAGUGCAUGUGGUUCCAGUCAGAGUGCGCUGACGCUUACCGCAAGCUGGGGAAGUUUGGCGAUUCUCUCAAGAAGUGUCAUGAGAUAGAGAGGCACUUUGUCGAGAUCACGGACGACCAGUUUGACUUCCACACUUACUGCAUGAGGAAGAUGACUCUGCGGGCCUACGUGGCUCUGCUCAAACUGGAGGACGUCCUGAGGAAGCACUCGUUCUACUUCAGAGCGGCUCGCUGUGCCAUAGAGAUCUACCUGAAGCUGCACGACAGCCCCCUGACCAGCGAGAGCACAGAGCAGGAGGUGAACGCAGAAAACCUGUCUGCCAAGGAGCUGAAAAAGGUGCUGAGCAAGCGGCGGAGGGCGCAGAAGAAAGCUAAGCUGGAGGAAGAGCGGAGGCACGCGGAGAAGGAACGCCAGCAGAAGAACCAGAAGAAGAGGAGGGAUGAGGACGAGGAGGAGGUCGGAGGGCCCAAAGAAGAGCUGCUGCCCGAGAAACUGGAGAAAGUUGAAAAUCCCUUGGAAGAGGCAAUUAAAUUUCUGACUCCCCUGAAGAACCUUGUCUCUGACUGCAUAGAUACUCAUCUUCUAGCUUUUGAGAUUUAUUUUAGAAAAGGAAAGUUCCUUCUGAUGUUGCAGUCAGUGAAGAGAGCGUUUGCUCUUCAAGCAGACCACCCCUGGCUUCAUGAAUGUUUGAUAAGGUUCUCCAAAGUCGUUUCUGACCACAGUAACCUCAAUGAAGUCGUCUGUAAGGUUUUGUGUUUAGAGAUGAGGAAAAUCUUUGGGAGUAAAAAUUAUGAAACCUUCAACAAUGACUUCCUCAAAAACAAAUCAAACUCCAUCGAGCACCUUCUAUCAGGCGCCAAGAUGAUGUAUUUCUUGGAUAACUCGCGGCAGGAAAAAGCCAUCGCCAUAGCUACGCAGCUAGACGAGAGGCUCGAGGACCGCAACGUCGAGACGUGCACGAAGGUGCUGGAGGCACUGCUGGACAGGAGUUUCGGGAGCUGUAUCCCCCAGGCGGAGGGCUAUCGCAAGGCCUGCCACAGACUUUUCCCCCUGGCCACCGCCUUCACGCCUGCCGUCAGUGAGGACGACAAGGCCUUCGCCCCGAGGAACCACAACAGCAUCGGUCGUGACCUGCUGACCAACGAGAUGUGAACGGCUCCUAUGCGGACGCUCCAGCGCCGCGCGACGCCACUGGCUGCCAGGGAGACGGAUCCCUUCGACCCCCAGCGAGGAGACGCGGGUGCAGAUGGGAGCACGGUCUCGAUGACUUCCUUGACCGAGCUGGUCCUCGUGGGGAUCGUCCCUUCGGGGUAGACAGGGCUUCUUAAUUUUUUUUUUUUUCUCUAAACGUUGCCAUAACUUGUUUCUUGUGUUGGGAUGAGGAGGGUAGCUGAGGGGUUUCGUUUUGUGCUUCUUUUACGUUUAAUGGGGAACGCGUACCAAAAAGCAGUUCAAAACGCCGGCUCCGCGGAGUCAGGGAGGAGAUCUUUAAAUGACGGAUGGAGGCGCUUCGGUUUGCAACGCAAGCCGAGCGCUCGUAUUCCCACCGUAGGGUUUUCUUUCACAAAACAAAGGCCAUUAUUAGUAGUGGCUGACGUGCAUGAGAAGAUGUGCUUUCGUAGAAAAAAGCAGCGGCUGGAGAAAAGAGUGUUUUGUUUUGUCAACACGUGACACAUUUUGUGGGACGAGCAGAUCUGCACACUUUGUAUCUUACAGUAGUUUAUAGGGUCUCCUGUGCGCAGCAUCCUGGAAACGGUGCAAAAGGAGCUUAAACUUGCCUUAUGUGUAACAGAAGUUGAGAUGCUGGUUUUAUGAGAAAUAAAGUGAAAUGCACUGUUUGUGUUUUUUUUUUUUUUUUUUCUGUUUUGUCUUAUCCUGUCUUUUGCACUGUUUUAGAAAGGGGUGUUUCCCCGUCAGAGGUGAGGUUUUGCGGUCUAAUACGGAGUGGGCUUCGUUUCCUCUUAUUCUCAAGGCGGCUCAGUACGUGAAAAGUGUUGUGUACUCUGGCCUUUUUUUGGGGGAUUUGUUUGUGUGUGUGUUUUUUUUUUUUUUUUUUUUUUUUUUUUUUAAACAGUGAUCCAAAUGGAAGCAGAUUUCCAGGCUCUCUGAGGAUUGGGACAAACUGGGAGAACUUUUAGUGGAACUUUAACAGCACUUUGCUUCAGAAUGCCUUUACCCUGUCACAGGAUCCAGGGGUGCAUGGACACGUUUGUUUGACAGGUAAAAUAAGUGUGCCCCCAGCCCUCUUGUGAAAAGUUUAAUUAUUCAAAUGUUGUGAGAUAACUGUUAGAAAAUACCCCCCCCCCCCCCACCUUGUCUUUUGAAUGUGUAAGAAGUUGAAGGAGAUGUUUCUCAA